CGCACUUGCUGACACUACACACACACACACUACCGGCUGCAUACCGCGAGGUGCACAUACAUGCUCGUACACAGCUAGCGACUAAAGCAGAGUGCACGUAAUAUUAGCAACAACAACAACACAAUGCGCCAACAAUCAACUGCCCGCCUCUUACUGCCCAUCACGCUGCUAGUGUUGGCCAAUUUUCGCCUUGCACUAACCUGCCCCGCGGAAGUGUGCGCCUGCAAGUGGAAGGGUGGCAAGCAGACGGUCGAGUGCGGCGGCAAGGAGCUGCCGAACAUACCCGAGGGCAUGGAUCCCGGCACGCAAGUGUUGAACUUCUCGGGCAAUAGUCUGCAAGUGCUGCAAAGUGAACGCUUUCUACGCAUGGAUUUGCUGAAUCUACAGAAAAUCUUUCUAUCGCGCAAUCAGCUCAUACGCAUACACGAGAAAGCCUUUCGCGGUCUGACCAAUCUCGUGGAGUUGGAUUUGUCGGAUAACUCGCUGCAAAAUGUACCCACCGAGACGUUUCAAGACUAUAGUUCGCUGAUGCGUCUCUCGCUAAGCGGCAAUCCCAUACGCGAGCUGAAGGUGUCGGCUUUUCGGCAUCUCUCGUUUCUGACAACGCUCGAGCUGAGCAACUGUCAGAUCGAGCGUAUUGAGAAUGAGGCCUUCAUUGGCAUGGACAAUCUGGAGUGGUUGCGUUUAGAUGGCAAUCGCAUCGGUUUCAUACAGGGUCAGCACAUACUGCCCAAAUCGCUGCAUGGCAUCAGUUUGCAGAGCAAUCGCUGGAUGUGCGAUUGCCGUUUAUUGGAUCUGCAUAUGUGGCUCAACAACUAUGUGACGCCACAGGUCGAGGAACCCAAGUGCGUGGAGCCGCCGCGACUGAAAGGGCAAGCGAUCAAGACGCUGAAGAAGGACGAACUGGCUUGCUUGCCAGAGGUCACACCCUCAUCGACGUACACGGAAAUCUCGGAGGGCCGUAAUAUGUCGAUAAUGUGCGUGGUGCGCGCUAUACCCGAGCCGCAAGUAUUGUGGCUCUUUAACGGUCAAGUGAUGACCAAUGACAGUCUAAUUGAUAAUCUACAUAUGUACUACUAUAUUGAUGAGACGGGCAGCGCCGAGGAGAAGCGCAGUGAGAUUUUCAUCUAUAAUGUAGGACCCGAGGAUAAUGGCACCUUUUCGUGUGUGGGCAAGAAUGUGGCGGGCAUAACUUUCAGCAACUACACGCUGCGUGUUAUCAUCAAAGAACCGCCUGUGGUGAAUGAGGUGUCCUUUCCACGCGACUACAUGAACUAUAUCAUCGCUAGCAGUACGGGCGCCGGCGUCAUAUUUGUUGUGCUGCUUUGCACGAUAGUGAUUAAGUGCAAACAGCGUCAGCCGAACAAGCGCAAGAAGUGUGCCAAUGGUGGCUCGGUUACCAAUGUGGUUGGCGGUGGUGCACACGCUACAGAGAGCAGUGGCAACGAGACGGGUUUGAUGAAAUGCUCGUCCAUACUGAACGAUGGCGACUCACUGAACGGCGGCGCGGGACUAUUGAUGGCUGAGGGCAUGACGCCCACCAAGUUGUGUAAAGAGAAUGGCGGCGUCAUUAUGGGCGGCCAAAUGCAACAGAAUUUACUGCUCUACGCGCCCGCGCACUAUCAACAGCAAACGGCCAACAGCGCGGUGCUGGGCGAUGGCGGGCAGACGCUGCAGUUGAGCGUUAGCAUGGCUAGUGCGAGCGGUACGCCGCCGCCAAUGUUAGUUGGCAAUGCUGUCAGCUACUGCUCGCCGCCUUCAUCGGUACGCAAUUACGCGGAGAAGAAUCCAGAUUUGGUUAAUGACGCUGAGAGCGUUAAACAUGGCAAGCUGAAAACAACAGCGUCCUUUGACGCAGACUACGAUGCGGCCAGUGAUUGUUCGGGGCCAUGUAGCAUACAGGGUAUGUCGACGACGCCGGUGCAAUUCGACAACUGCUACCAGCUGGCACCACAGUAUGGCUCACAGAUAAUACGGCCGGCAAACAUGCAGCUGAAUACUGCUGCAACAGCGCGCUUUGGCGCCAUGACGACAUUGCCGCGUGGCAUGCAAUUGAAGACCGUAAUGAACAGCUUGAGCGCCGCACCGGCGCCACAACACCAAGUGGACGUGCACUUGAAUCCAGUAUGCUUCCUGGGUCAGGAUGGCUUUGCUUAUGAUUACAGCAACGCGCACUUGCAACAGUCGGCGCCUCCACCACCUUCGCAUCAUCACCUACAGCUGCAGCCGCAACAUUCGUUGGGCGCCGAAUCCGCAAACGCACAACACAUGCAACAGCAAAACUUCUACCGCACUCUACCACACAACCGCGCGCACAAGCAGCAGCAAUUCGCCGCGUCCGCUGCGAAUCCGGGCAUGCGUUACAGUCUGGAGGCGGAGUUCUUGCAGCGCUCCGGCACGCCAACCUACGACAAGUAUAUGCCCAAUGUGCGCUUCACAGCCGAGGGCUACCCACAAACACAACAACAGCAUAUAGUGCAGUACCCGUCGCCACCGGAUGGCUACAAGAGCAGCCAAAGCCCCGCGCCCAGCCUCCAUGACGGCGGCGCGGUAAGUGGCGCGGGUGGCGUCGCUUCCACAAUAUCGAAUGCCACAUUUCAGCAGUGGCCACCCUGUUUGCCUGGCUAUCAUGUGCAGGCCAUACGCUAUCCGCCGACCAUUGUCGGCGUAUUAAGCCCACAGGCGCAUAUGCAACAACAGCAACAACAACAGCAGCAGCAUAUGCUGCAACAGCAACAGAAGUCAACGCCAACAGUUGUGUUAACACCAAAUGGACCAACAAAUCAAACACAAGUGCCCACAUCAAUAACAACAACAGCGGUCACGGCUAUGGCCACAGCGAGCACCAACACGUGCGGCACCACGUCCGCGUCGACCGUCGCAAAACGUUGUGCAGCUGCGCAGGCUGACGCUUCCACCAUACCCGAAUGCGAUGAGAACGACGUUUCACCCACCACAUCGACAGCGGCCAGCAGCAGUAAUGACGGCAGCAGUAGCAGCGCCACCACAGUAACCAUAUCUGCAAGCAACACGACGGCCACCACGGCGGCCACAGCAACUGCCACCGAAGAAUCCUCAAAGCUGCGGCAUUUAAACGGCCCCUUGGCGGAUAGCCCAGACGAAGGCUAUGUGGGUGAUUCACACGAAGGCUCCGAUAUAUGACGACGCGGCGCUAAUGGCAGCUGCGCGAAUGCACACGGCAAAGCGGGCGGCAGCAGUUGUAGUGCGGUCAAAAUGGACGACUCGGUCGCACUGUAGAAUGGGCACAGCCAAAAGCAUAUGUUGCGUGAGUAGCUGGGUGAGGAAUUAAAUUAUGUGUGAAUACAUACACACGUAUGUACAUACGUGCAGGCUUCAGCUUCACGCGCUGUAAUUAGGUGUGAAAUGAGGUUGGUCAAGUUCUAUAGGCUGCGCUGUUUAGCUCAUUGCUUGCAUAUUAGUUGACAAUUUUAAUCACGGUAAUAAUAAAGGGUACAUUCAAAAGUACAUUAGCAUUUUAAUAAAACUUGUAGUACUACUUAUCAGCUAGCCUUAACCAUUGCAGAGUUUCCAAAUCAUAAUCUUAGUACUAACACAGCUACUCCAUCUGCUGUCUUCUCUACCAAGCUUAGCUAAAAAUCGUUGCAAUGAAGGAGGAGUAGAUGCAAAUUUUUCCAGCCAAAGUGUCUCAUCAUCUCCCGACUGCUCUCAUUUGCCAUUAAAGUGAAGUUUUUUUUUUAUAUUUUUUGUUUUUCUUUGUUACCUUACUCAUUUCCUCUUACUUGCGCUUCGUUCUUCGUGGCCAGUCAAGCGUUAAAUUAAACGACAGCUUUAUAUUUUUUCCAUUUCGAUACCUGUCGCAAGCUCUCAUUGUGUCCGUAUGCUGGACGUUUCCACUAGCAAUAACAGCUUUUAUUGAUUUCAAUUAACAGCCACCAUAGAGUACGCCAGGCCAGUUAUGGAAGAACAAGGUAGUCAGAAAACAAAAAAUAUGUUAAU